CAAAACAGCGUUUGGAUUACGCACAGCGCUAGUGGCGUCCAAUUCCGCUUCUUCUAUUCUCCAAAAUAAAAUAGAGAAAACCCUAACGAAACAGCAUUCAGAGAUUGGGAAUUUUGAUUUUCAAAAAGGACACCGAAAGUGAGAGAGAGAGAGAGAGAGAGAGGAAGAGGUGCAGAAGGAGAAGGAAAAAAGGAAAAAUGGUGUUCUAUUUCAAAGCUCGUCCGGAGGUAGGAGAUUACACCAUUUUUAUGGGUCUCGACAAGUACGAGAACGAGGAGCUUAUCAAAUACGGUUUCCCCGAAGACAUUUGGUUCCAUGUGGACAAAAUGUCUUCUGCUCAUGUUUAUCUAAGACUGCACAAAGGACAGACAAUCGAUGAUAUAAGUGAAGGUUUACUUGAGGAUUGUGCUCAGCUUGUCAAAGCAAAUUCAAUCCAAGGCAACAAGGUGAAUAACAUUGAUGUUGUUUACACUCCCUGGUCCAAUUUAAAGAAAACUGCUUCCAUGGAUGUUGGCCAAGUUGGCUUCCACAAUCCAAAGAUGGUUCGAACUGUGAGAGUGGAGAAGCGGAUAAAUGAGAUAGUUAAUAGACUGAACAGAACAAAAGUUGAGAGAAGGCCUGAUUUGAAAGCUGAGAGAGAAGCUGUCAAUGCAGCUGAAAGAGCAGAGAGAAAGCUUCAACUGAGGGAUAAAAAACGACGGGAGGAAAUGGAAAGGCUUGAAAAAGAGAGACAGGCAGAAAUAAGGAGCUACAAAGGUUUGAUGGUUUCUGAAAAGAUGACAUCUAACAAGCAGAUUGCAGCUGAAAACAAGUCCUUGCAGGAACUGGAAGAGGACUUUAUGUAAGCACAAUAAUAUUUAGCUGUAAAGCCAAACUUGCUGCCCCUUGAAGAAGUGGGUUUGUCAUUCAGUUGUAAUUCUAGACAAGAAGUUGUUUCCCCUCCUACAAACAAAUCACCUCAGUUUCGUGCCUGUAGUUCUAUGCUAUUGGUAGGAAAAGAAAGAAAAAUGGCUAAUGUUGGCAUAAGGCAUAGGCUGUGGUAGGGGGAAUAACUUCCUUUAUACAGACGUAAAUUGUGAUUGGAUGAUGAUGAUAAACGAGCUCAAGAUUCACAUUAAUGAUUAAUAUGUGAUAAACUUCUUCUUCUUC